AUGACCAUCGGUAUCGGCACACCACACCCCAGCGGCACUCGGCGCAACAUUAGUGGCAGCCCGCCCUUCCAGAUUGCAUCCUGUCCGCACCCAACUCGCAGCAUGGCUGCUCCGCAGGUAGCAACUCUGCUCCCUACCGAGCCUCCUAGACUGGACAGAAGCCUAAGCGAAGCCAGUCUCGACGACGUCCAGCCAUGGAGCGAGCCUCGUUUCAUCGUGCAGUCUCCGUACACGGAGCUCAAGCAUCAGCUGGAUCUGACCAAGCUUGACUAUGAGAACGCUCUGCUGGCCAAGGCGUUGAGUACUCUCGACGCGACUCGUCAAGAUUAUGCCGUUGCGUCGUACACCGAGUCGUUCAACUGGACAGAUGUCAGCGCUCGUCUCAAAGCGCUCGUGAGCAUAUACGGCCAACGGUACCAGGAUGCCACCUUUUACAUCGUCGCAUUCCGCUCGCAAAUCAAGCCCAGUACCGAUUACAGCCACCUAGGCGAGCUCGACAAGGCUGCACAUCUCGAAGCCAUCGAGAGUGGCGGGUUUCUCAAGUACGUUGUACUGGUUUGGCGUCCCGGACUCGGACUUGCGAAAUUUGGCCACAUGCCUCUGGCGGUCCAAGGAAGACGCGGUUGCCGGAGGACGCGGCCCCGCUCACAGAAAGGCGGCCAUGUCCACCAGAUCGUUAGGACUGGGAGAUUGUUCCUUGGACGGACGAGGCUUGAGCGGUGA